AGUGCGCACGCGCGAAGGCGGGUUCUCUUCCGGGCAAAAUGGCGAUGGGCUUCAUGUGUGGACGCCGGGAGCUUCUGCGCCUGCUUCGGCCCCAGCAGCGGUUCCACAGAGUCGCAGGGUCCUCACAGUGGCCCCGGAAACCGCUGACCGCCGAGCUCCUGGUCCCAGCUGGUCCAGGCUGCGGGCGACACCCCUACGUCCUGCUCCCGGCUUCCAGCCCCCGCUGCUUCAGUACUUCUGCUAUCUCCUUUGCAGAAGCCCAGGUCCAGGCCACUCCUGUUGUUCCUGCAACUCCCUCACCCACAGCAAUACCUGAGGUGGCUUCUGGAGAAACUGCAGAAGCAGUCCAAACUGCUGUAGAACAGAGCUUCACUGAACUGGGGCUUGGGUCAUAUACCCCAGUAGGACUGAUCCAGAACUUACUGGAAUUUAUGCAUGUUAACUUGGGCCUACCUUGGUGGGGGGCCAUUGCCACAUGUACAGUCCUUGCCCGCUGCCUGGUUUUUCCUCUCAUUGUGAAGGGCCAGCGAGAGGCAGCCAAGAUCCACAACCACUUGCCAGAGAUCCAAAAGUUUUCCACUCGAAUCAGAGAAGCCAAAUUGGCAGGAGACCACACUGAGUUUUACAAGGCCUCCUCAGAGAUGACACUUUAUCAGAAAAAGCAUGAUGUUAAACUCUUUAGACCUCUCAUUCUACCUCUGACUCAGGCCCCAAUCUUCAUCUCCUUCUUCAUUGCUUUGCGAGAGAUGGCAAACCUUCCUGUGCCCAGCCUGCAGACAGGAGGCCUCUGGUGGUUUCAGGAUCUCACAGUAUCUGAUCCCAUCUACAUAUUACCACUAGUAGUCACUGCUACAAUGUGGGGAGUUCUUGAGCUAGGUGCUGAGACAGGUAUGCAAAGUUCUGACCUUCAGUGGAUGAGAAAUGUUAUCAGAGUGAUGCCCCUGGCAGUCUUGCCCAUAACCAUCCACUUCCCCACGGCAGUAUUCAUGUACUGGCUCUCCUCCAAUGUGUUUUCCCUGGGCCAAGUAGCCUGCCUCCGGAUUCCAGCUGUCCGUACUGUACUUAAAAUCCCCCAGCGUGUUGUGCAUGACCCUGACAAAUUACCUCCACGGGACGGCUUCAUAAAGAGCUUUAAAAAAGGCUGGAAGAAUGCUGAAAUUGCACAUCAGCUCCGGGAACGUGAACAACGCAUGCAAAAGCACUUGGAUCUAGCAGCCAGGGGUCCCUUACGGCAGACCUUUACCCAUAACCCUCUGCUACAGCAUGGAAAGUGUAACCCUUCCAACACCUCCAACAGCAGCAGCAGCAGCAGUAGCAACAAACCAAAGACAACGCCACCCUGGCGUGACACGCUUGGCUGACUUAUGUCCCCUGCUCACUCUGGCAGAAACUCUCUUCAAAGACUCAUCCUCAAUACAGACUUGAUGCUGCGUCCUUACCCCAGAUGUAAAAAAGGGUGGGACAAGGAGAUGUUAAUUUAAAAAAUGGAGUCCACUAUAGACUUACUCUUGAGUGCAAAAGAGCGCACUGGUGAGCCAAGUGAUCUUCCCGUCCACAGAGUCAGUAAAGCUGUCCUACAUGCUGCUUCCUGGUGCUUAUUAAAUAGGGAAAGGGGAUGUGUGCUUCAGAAAAAAUGAAUACAUUGGGUCAUGGUUCCUCUUGCUGGCCCAUGCUCUGAUAGUGUUUUGUUAUUGGUUUUUUUUGUUUGGUGGUUCUGUAGUUUGAACUCAGGGCCUCACACUUGCUAGGCAGGCACUCUACCAUUUGAGCCAG